AUGACCAGAUACGUACACCAAAGUACAGAACAAAGUUCAUCCCAACCGCCAAGUUAUACGCAAGCUACAGAAACCGGAGCAGCUACACCGAUGCCUCCAUUGUAUCCACUGCCAUCCGUUCAGCCGAUUUAUGGUCAAGUAUUGCAUAUGGUACCAAUGGUAAUGCUUGGUGAUAUACCCGUACCUUGCAAUUGUAAAAAUUGUUAUGCAGGUAUUAUCACCAGAACAGAAAAAACGGCAGGUAUAUUAAUAUGGUUAAUUUGUGGUGGUCUUGCCUAA